ACGUCAACGACAUCCUCAACGCCGCCACACUGCUGGAGAUCCCGGCGGUGAGGGAUGUUUGCACGGAUCUCCUGGACAGGAAGAUUCUGGCCAAAAAUGACCAGAUGGAUACAGUAGAUCAAAUUGAUCAAAGGAACCAUCUCAGAGCAAAAGAGUACCUGGAGUUCUUCCAGAGCAACCCUGUCAACGGCCACCAAGGCAGCUUUCCGUGGACCAACCCAGAGUUGAGAGACCUUCAGAGACCGAACUUCCGAGGCCAAGAGGAGGAGGAGGAGCCGGACUGCAAUGGCAUGGACUUCUACUCGCAAGCCCCUCUAAGCGAAAGACCAAAGGCAAAUGACUGUGACCCUGACAGCAACCCGGCCAUGUGGCUGGACAGAGAGGAGGAGGAGGCGGCUCCCGGCUCCCUGUUUUCCCCUUCUCAGAACGGACAUUACAGCGGCCGUGGCCUGGCCACGCCGGGAGAAGACGAGGGGACCCCGGGGGGGCCUCUGGACCCGCAGGAAGCUGGCGACUCCCCCGGUUUCGCGGCCACUGGAGCGGAGAUGGAGGACGACGCGCGGGAGGUGGAUGGUUUGGCCGCCAGCGCCCUGCUGCAGCAGAUGAUCAAUUCUGUGGGGAGGCAGCAGCUCGGGGAGGAUGACCGAAAGGACGACGAUGGGGUCAUGGAUUAUUACUUGAAAUAUUUCGGCAGUUCGAGCGAGGGCGAUGUCUACCCGUCCUGGUCCCAGAAGGUUUUUUUUUUAGUGGAGAAGAAGAUCAGGGCAAAAGCAUUCCAGAAGUGCCCCAUCUGCGAGAAGGUGAUCCAGGGGGCCGGCAAGCUGCCGCGCCACAUCCGCACCCACACCGGCGAGAAGCCCUACGAGUGCAACAUCUGCAAAGUCCGAUUCACCAG